AUAUUGUCAAGUUUCUAUAAAUAAUACCAGUAUUAUAAGAGUAUUAUAUGUAUUAUCUAUGAAAUAAUAUUUGCGGAGUCCAUGAAAAGAGGUUAUUUGUUGAAAUAUUUUAGUUUAAGACCAAAACUAGGCUCUAUCUAAUAUCCAAUAACGAAAUUGGCGUUCUCUACAAGCGAACAUGGCGUUAAAUAAAUACAUGCACCCUCGUAACAUCUAUAAAACACCGCCAAAUUUUGAAAAACUUGCAGCUUUAUAUCCUGAGUUUUCUGCUAUUUCAAAUGCGGAUGUUACUGGCAAGGUGACCAUUAAUUUCAAAGAUCCACUUGCACUGAGAGUUUUAACAAAAUGCCUUUUAAAGUCUGACUUUAAUCUUGAUGUUGACAUUCCCGAAUCAAGAUUAGUUCCAACUCUUCCUCUGAGGCUCAACUAUAUACUCUGGUUGGAAGACCUGUUGAGUGCCAUUCAGAGAAAUAGCGAUAUCAAGGGAAUAGACAUUGGCACAGGAGCUUGUGCAAUAUACCCAUUGUUGGCAGCUGUUAAAAACAAAUGGCACAUGUUGGGUACAGAGAGUGACUUAAAAAGUUUUUCCAAAGCAGAAGAAAAUAUCCAGAGAAACAGUUUACAGGAUCUUAUAAAAUUGAGGAAGAAUGAUACAAAGUCUGUGAUAAAACAUGUUUUUAUGAGUCCAGGAAAUGAAGAGUAUGACUUUUGCAUGUGCAAUCCUCCAUUUUAUAGUACCUUACAAGAGCUGUGUGAGUCACGAAGUCCGGCCAGGCUUCCUCCUAAAAAUGGCUUCACAGGAUCACCACAAGAGCUUAUCACUGAAGGUGGAGAAUUGGAAUUUUGUAGAAAACUUAUUCUUGAGAGUAAAGAGCAUAGAGACAACAUUUUAUUGUAUACUACAAUGGUUGGUCACAAAUAUAAUUUGAAUGUCCUUAUACAAGAUUUAAAAUCAGAAGGUAUAAAAUUUACACAUACAGAGUUUUGUCAAGGUCGUGUCACCAGAUGGGCUGUAGCUUGGACUUACAAAGAUUAUGAUUUGUACAAUUUAGUACCUCCAAGAGACAAGCCCAGAAAAAAGAGCACUUCAACAAUGUUCUUAUUACCAGAAAUUUCAAGUUGCAAAUAUAGUACUGAUGGUGCUUUAGAAAAAAUUAAAGAAAUUUUGAAUAGGUUAAAUAUAAUUUACAAAAUAUUUGAUAAACGAGGUAACACUAUAUCACUUGAUAUAAUUGCAAAUACUAACACAUGGUCAAAUCAAAGGCGGAAAAGAAGGUUAAUGAGAAAUGAAAGUCCUGCAAAGAAGUCCAAAAUGAAUCAUGAAGAAAAUGAAUCUAGUAAUCUUGAUUCACAAUCUGGAGGUGAAAUCAAUGGAAAUGUUGAAGAAAAAACAAACAAUACCUCAUCUUUAGAUAAAUGUUUGUCUCCUACAAAAGAAGAGUCAAAAGAAAGUGAUCAACCCUUAGUACAUGCAUUUUUCAAGUUAUUGAAGAAAGAGAACGAAAUUUUUCUAGAAAUAGAAUUUCUUAAUGGUAGUGCCGGUAAAGAAGGAUUACAUCAAAUUUUACAAUACAUCAAAAAUAAUUGGAAGUAUUUCCUUUGUUUUAUUUUCUUUUAUUCACUCCCGAAAUUAACUAUUAGUAACUAAGGUACUUUUUUCUCGUUUCCUCAAGUCAGAUAAAUUUGCUAACAUGUAGAAUUAAAACAGAAAAUAUGCAGUUUUGUGUUGUUUUAUGUAAAAGCAAUGUUAAACAGUAUUAUAAUUUAAACAAUAAAAAAGAUAAAUCUUAAUACCUCACGCACAAUAUGUAUAAAUUCGUUAAUGCAUUAUAACAGUAAAGGUACCGCCUCAUGCAGCCGCUCGAUGCUCGUUUCCAGCGAUAAAUAUGGUCACGUGUCAUGUAGCGACAAACCUGAAAUAUUUUUUUUAGGUGAAUAUUAUGAUUUUAUCGUACAUUGUUUCCAUACUUUACUAAUAUUUAUGAAAUGUUUUAAAGGAUUUCAUUAUUUACGGGAAUUAAUUUAGAGACCGUUUGCAGCACCACUUUUAUGUAAUUUAAAUUGACUAGUCUUGACCGCUUAAUUUUUUCUUUUCUUUUCUCUAUUCUAUAGUGUAUUAGUUACCAAUGAUCUUUUUUCCCAGCAACAAAGCUCAACAUUUUGAGCUUUAUCACUACAUAUCACAUGACCAGAUUUGUCGCUGCAAACGAGCGACUGCAAAGGCCGUAGCUCAAAAUUUUCAGCUUUGUCGCUACCUUUCCUGCGACCAUAUUUUGUCGCUUUUUCGAGACGCGGAAAAUUUAAAAGUCACGUGAUCAGAUCGCGAGCGACGAUCGACCAUGAGGAUACGCCUUAACGAUUUUUUGCGAGCAUUUCAAGCUGUCUAUGGUUAUUUUAUUCUGCUGAUUUUGUCUAUGAAAUGCUAUUUGACUGCUUUUUUUGUUUAUUUCGCGCGUUUUCCAUGUAACGUAAUUUGAGACAAAUAUGAACGCAAUUAAAUCGAAGAGGAGUUGGGUAGACGACAUGGAUGAACCGCAUGUUGAUUCUAAACAACCCAAAGGAAAAACAGGAGGUAGCAGAGAAAGUUCUAGCAAUAGGAAGAAAUCUAAGCCAAA